AUCAAUGCCGAAAAGUUCUAAAAAAAAGUCGAAUUAGAAAGACAUUAGUAUUAGUUGAGUUGCUACCGGUGUUAGAUAGCUGAAAGUUGAAGAGACCAAAAAAAUAAAAUUAUGGUAGACAACAUGAAUAUUAAGAAAAGUGUAGCCGACACAUUCGACGGUCAGACCGUAUUUCUGACCGGUGCUACAGGGUUUCUGGGAAAGCUAGCUCUGGAAAAGCUUUUGCGGGGAUGCCCCGGCAUCAAGAAAAUUUAUAUCGUAAUAAGGAGCAAGAAGGGUAAGGACGAAACCCAGAGGAGGACUGAAAUUUUUGAGAACGAGAUCUUCGAACCCUUGAAACGAAAAACAGCCGAAAUCUUCGAAACAAAAGUGGAAGUAAUGUCCGGAGAUUUAUCCCUUCCGAACUUGGGGUUGUCAGAAGUUGAUCAGAAGACAUUAAUCGCUGAAGUAAAUUUUGUACUUCACUUCGCAGCGACCGUACGAUUCGACGAAAAAAUCAAAAGGGCUGUCGCCAUCAACAUCAAAGCAACCAGAGACAUACUGAAGAUGGCGAAACAGAUGAAAAAUUUGAAAGGGUUCGUCCACGUUUCGACCGCUUAUUCCUUUUGUCCAUUGAAGGAGAUCGAAGAAAAAUUUUACGAACCGGCAUACGACGUCGACAAAAUAAUUAAUUUGGUAGACGCAAUGGAUGAUGACAUGCUAGACUAUCUUACUCCAAAGUUGUUGAAGGAAUGGCCCAACACAUACGUUCUAACAAAAUCCAUUGCCGAACAGGUGAUACGGACUGAAUCGGACGGACUGCCCUUGGUUAUGGUCAGACCUUCUAUUGUUAUGUCAACGUAUCAGGAACCUCUGGGAGGCUGGACUGACAAUUUCUACGGGGCAUUGGGGGCCCUAGUCGGCGGGGCUUUGGGUUUAAUAAAAACAAUGUGGGUUAAGUUCAACAACGUUGCUGACCUUGUACCUGCUGAUUACGUGGUCAAUUGCAUCAUUGCUUCUGCUUGGGACGCGGCAAAUAACAGGAAUGAGUUUAGUAACAAUCCAGGGGUGGAUUCAGGAGACGAUAGAGCAAAUAAAAUCAAGAUUUACAAUUAUGUUUCUGGUUCCGAAAACCCGAUAACAUGGGUGACCGGAACAAAUAAUAAUNCGAACAUUAAGAGAAUAUAUAUAUUAAUAAGAACCAAAAAUGGAAAAGACCAUAUCCAAAGGAGAAAUAAAGUAUUGGAAUGUGAAAUUUUUGAGCCACUCAAAAAAAAGGUAAUUGAAAACAUUGAAGAAAAAGUAGAAGUAAUCGCUGGAGAUCUCGCCGUUUCUCAAUUGGGGAUAUCCCCAGCUGAUCAAAAGAAGAUAUUGGAAGAAACGAAUUUUGUGUUCCAUAUCGCAGCGACAGUAAAUUUCGAUGAGAAGAUAAAGAAGGCGGUCGAAAUCAACAUUAAAGGUACUAGAGACAUUUUGAAGCUGGCAAAACAGAUGAAAUAUUUGCAAGGUUUCGUCUAUGUUUCAACUGCGUAUUCUAAUUGUCCACGACAUGAAAUUGAAGAAAAGUUUUAUAAUCCACCGUAUGAAGUGGAUAAAAUUAUAAACAUCGUGGAUUCUUUGGACGAUGAUCUCCUGCAAUAUCUAACGCCAAAAAAACACGUUUCAGCUGGCAUGUACGCGUAUACCGAAGAAAUCGGUCAGCAGGUGCCGUCGAAGAUGUGUGUGUGGCAUUACUUUUUUGUGCCGACAGAAAACGAGACGAUGUACAAAAUCUACGCGGUCUUGUUGCAUACAAUUCCGGCGCAUGUGGCGGAUUUCGUCGCCAGAUGUAUAGGGAGGAAACCGCAAUUAGUGGACGGUUACAGAAAGAUUCACAAAUUCUUGGAAGUUAUACACUAUUUUUCCACACGUCAGUGGACUAUCCACAACAAGAACACGCAAAAAUUGUGGCACAAAUUGAACCCCGACGACAGGACCAAUUUUCAGUUCAAUAUUAAAACCAUGAAGUGGGAACAUUUCUUUUACAUGUGCAUCAGGGGCGCGAGGGUGUACUUGGUCAAGGAUCCCAUGGACACCCUCGAAGAAGGCAAGGGAACCAAAAUGGAAAAUAGACAAAUUGCGAGUGUAGCGAAAACGUUUGAAGGAAAGACUGUUCUUCUGACUGGAGCAACAGGAUUUUUGGGAAAACUGACAGUGGAAACACUUCUUCGAACUUGUCCGAACAUUAAGAGAAUAUAUAUAUUAAUAAGAACCAAAAAUGGAAAAAACCAUAUCCAAAGGAGAAAUAAAGUAUUGGAAUGUGAAAUUUUUGAGCCACUCAAAAAAAAGGUAAUUGAAAACAUUGAAGAAAAAGUAGAAGUAAUCGCUGGAGAUCUCGCCGUUUCUCAAUUGGGGAUAUCCCCAGCUGAUCAAAAGAAGAUAUUGGAAGAAACGAAUUUUGUGUUCCAUAUCGCAGCGACAGUAAAUUUCGAUGAGAAGAUAAAGAAGGCGGUCGAAAUCAACAUUAAAGGUACUAGAGACAUUUUGAAGCUGGCAAAACAGAUGAAAUAUUUGCAAGGUUUCGUCUAUGUUUCAACUGCGUAUUCUAAUUGUCCACGACAUGAAAUUGAAGAAAAGUUUUAUAAUCCACCGUAUGAAGUGGAUAAAAUUAUAAACAUCGUGGAUUCUUUGGACGAUGAUCUCCUGCAAUAUCUAACGCCAAAGAUGUUGAAGGAUUGGCCGAACACAUAUGUGUUUACAAAAUCCAUUGCCGAACACGUUGUAAAAACCGAAUCAGAUGGGUUGCCUUUAUGCAUUGUACGACCCUCUAUAGUGAUGUCCACGUAUCAAGAGCCGUUAUCAGGCUGGGCUGGCAAUGUAUUCGGGGCAAUCGGGGCUGUAGCCGCAGGAAAUGUCGGUUUAAUAAGGACGAUGUGGGUGAAGCGUUAUAAAAUUGCAGACAUAGUUCCUGCCGAUUUUGUUGUAAAUUGUAUUAUCUCUGCUGCAUGGGACAUUUCGAACGAUAGGGAAAGUUGCGUCGCCGAGCCAGCGAUGAGUUUAGAAUCCAAAGAGAAGACAACAAAAAUUUAUAAUUACGUGUCCGGACCCGAAAACUCAAUAACUUGGGGGAAAACAUACGAGUAUACAAAAGAAUCGGGCAAAACAGUACCGUCGAAAGCGUGCCUGUGGUAUCACUUCUUUGUGCCCGCCUCUACCGAACGAAUGUACAAAGUCUACAUGAUCUUUUUGCAUAUAAUUCCGGCAUACAUUGUGGAUUUUAUUGCGAAACAGUCUGGGCGAAAACCACAAUUAGUGGAGGGCUACAAGAAAAUCCACAAAUUAUCCGAUGUCCUGCAUUAUUUUGCGACACACGAGUGGAAAUUCGAAAAUAAAAACACCAAAAGCUUGUGGAAAAAACUGAGCGAUGAAGACAGGACUAUGUUUCCGUUCAGCAUGAAGUUGUUAAAAUGGGAGGAUUAUUUUGGGAUAUGCAUGAGGGGAGUGAGAGUAUAUAUACUUAAAGAUCCGAUGGAAACACUCGAAGAAGGCAGGGCCCACUAUAGGAAACUGACAAUAUACCAUUACACACUAGUUUGUUUUUUAUGUCUAUUAGUUGUCGGUUUUUUGAGCAUAUUUUUAAAUGUUUAAUUUCCGUGUUGGUAUGGUAAUUGUAUUAAACUAUAGACAGCAUAAAUUUUAAACGUUGUAGCUUUAUCAUUUGGUGGCAUUUAAAACUUAUAACUGAAAAUUAAUUAAAAAAAAUUGUUAAACUACUAUACGGCACCGAAUGCAUUACAGCGCUGUGGGUAGCAAGUUGAUAGCAGUAACUUUUGUAAAAGUUUAUGUUUAUUAAGUAGCCAUGUAUGUAUGUAUGCAUGUUUUACAACAAGUAUUAUAUAUUUCUGUAUAAAUAAAUACUUCAGCCUGAUAUUGCUAGGACGAUCAGUUAGUUAUAUUUCCAUCAAAUACAAGGAAUCCUGAA